AUGUAUCUUCAAGCUCCGACACGAUACAUUGUGGUUGUAACAACACAUGAUCCAUAUUUAGCAGGACCAUUUUCCAUUGUUGCAACUGGUAUAGCACCGGUUAUAUUUUCUCCAAUGAGUUCAUCAAAUAAUUGCUCAUCUACAUCAUUGUCUUCUCGUGAACAAAAUAAAAAAACUAUCGAAUUCGAUCAAUUAAAACAUACACUCAAUAAUAUAUGCGAUGCUAUCGAAUCCAUAACCAAAAAUGAAUAUCAAUUCAUUAAACACUAUGAAACAUAUUUCAGUUAUAGCUUACCUGGAGAAAUAACUGUAUUAUCUACUGGUGAAGUUUUAGAAUGUGGUUACUUUAUUCCAAUUGAUAAAACAUUAUUCUCAAUAUUAGAUUCUCAACCAUUUGUUCUAGAAAUUCUGAAAAAUAUUCAACAACAACGAAUAGCAACAAAAUACGAUGCUGAUCUUAUGUUCUCAAUAAGAGAUGGAUACCAUGGUAGUAGAUUAGAUCAUGAUAAUCUAUUACUACAACUAUACCUAGAUGACAUUGGAUUGACAAAUCCUCUUGGAUCAAAACGUAAUCAACAUAAAAUGUGUAUGAUUUAUUUUUCGCUUGAAGAUAUUCCAGAGCAAUAUCGAUCAAAAAUUGAUUUUAUUCAAUUAGUUGGAAUUUGUGAAAAACGAAUGGAAAAUUUCAAAUAUGGAUAUUUUGACACCAGCAAUCGACCACCACCUAUACUCGUAAAACAUCUUCAAGAUAAUAGAAUUGUUGCCACAGCUGCUCAAAAACUAUGCAUUUUCAAACUGUUUCCAAUUAUUUUUCAUGAUAUAAUUGAUCACUUACCGUCAUUUAUUGUUUACAAAAUUUUACGUGAAAUCUUAGAUCUUGUUUUAUCAUAUCCGUUUCGAAACAAAUGGCUACCUGUACUUGGAGAUCUAUGCCACACAUUUCAUCAAACAAUGCUGACUAACUUUCCGAAUAAAAUUGUUCCAAAAGCUCAUUUUGUUCGUGAAUAUGAACAAAUAAUACAUGAUUUUGGUCCAUCAACCAGACAAUGGUGUUUUAGGUAUGAAGCAUGUCAUGCAUAUUUUAAGAAACUCACAAUGAGAAUGAAUAAUUUUAAAAACAUUCCGAAGAUGCUCGCAACACGCUAUCGUCUCAAACAAUGCUUCAAAUUUGCUCACUUAUAUCGGUUAAAAAUUUUGCAGUACCCAGGGGGAAUAAAAAGAAUUCGAAGUACAUGUUUUAAUAUGCGAAUGAAAACUGUGUUAUUGAAUCAUUUUGGUCAUACAGAUCUUGAUAAAGAUUUAUGUCAAUGCAAUAAAUUGAUUCAUGAAAACAUUGAAUAUUGUCGGUCAGCUGUAUAUGUCAUCGACUUAAAACCUUCUCAUGAGCAACCAAUAUUUGCUCAAGUUGUUUUUAUUCUCAAAAUGAAAGAGAAAUGGUGGUUAUUGGUUGAUAUUCUUAAUACAAUAUCAUAUGACGACAAAUUAUUUGCAUGGGAAAUACAGUCAAUUGGUCAUUACUCUAUGAUUGAUCCAUACGAACUGAUAUAUUAUUAUAAAGGCUUAGAUAUUUAUGUAGUGAACAACUUGAGUUUUGUUUCAUUUAUUACUCGUCUCACGUUGCAUCAAUGA